AUAAUAAUGCCGGAGUAAUGCGGUUCGAUUAUCUAAUUAUACCUUUGUGCCACGCAGCUCUCUCGUGCUACCCGAUUGGGACACACCUCUCACGGCGGGCGUCGACGACAGGUAUUCAUCCCUUCUGCUACAAUCGUAAUCCACUGCAUAUUGCAAUUGGCCGUGUUCCUCGGUGAUUAUUGACACGCAGCUAUCGUUCAGACUCAGCCUCCUUGACCCAGACGUCCCACCGCAUUCCGUGUCAUCGUUAUACUCUCGAUCAUUAACAGGUCGCUCUAAAACACGCACUAUCCACAAUGAUCACAGACAAUGACCUCCACCGCCUCGCCGUCUUCCUCGGCUCCUGCGCAAUGAUGUUGAUUGUUCUCUAUCACUUCCUGGAGGUUAAUGCUAAGGAGGAUGACGAUGACGCUGCUACUGCAACCAAGAACUCGAAAGGUGCCUCGAUAGACUCGGCUACUCGCACAUCAGCUACGGCGACCGCAGGGAGCUCGUCAGCGACUGGAGGGGGUACGGACCGAUAAUUUAUUCUACAAUUCAUUCUGUGUAUCUUAUCUUGGGCAAUCAAUUCGAUAAACUUUGUGUCUGGUUGGAAACUGGGCACGUUCUGAGCAAAUGGCCGUAUUUACUGACUCAUUGUUUCGGAUAUUGGUUAAUAUACAAAGCUAAUUGAGGGCCCAAAUCCCUUCGAUAAAACACCCACGUAAUAUCAACGCCUGGACGCCAUUUAUUGCGAUAAGAGGAAUCCAGAACCAACGCCAUAUAAGGUAUACUACACUACCACGCUAUGCAGGUAAACAGCCGCUUCAAGAUUGGGACCGAACUUCAUAGACAUCUUCGUCGUCCGCCACCCUGGGAUUGCGCAACGGAGUGGCUAGUUCGCAGCCACCCGGGUCCAACCCGACGCCAAUAUGCUCCUUCAGUCGCUGUACUGCCUUAAAUAUCUCACCAGCCUUUUCAUGCUGGGAAUAAUGUCCAUGAACUCGAUUGAACGCGCGAAUCGAGCGGUA